AUGCCGUCAGCGGCGACGCAGUUUUCGUCGAUCGACGACCUUUUCGCCAAAGAACAACUUCUCGGCGACUACGUCGUCUCAACUAACGGUCAAAAUUCAUUUUGUUCAUCACGAUCGUCCUUAAUCAAAAGCAAAGUGUCAGAAGUCCCUUUUAGCAACGAAAAACAGGAGGUUGAAGAAAUUCAGCAGGCUUGUAAAGAGUACAGAAAGCUCGGCUUCACUGUGGACACCUACAACUAUACUGUGCUGCUGAACUAUCCGGAUUUCGAGAACGCAAAUACGGUGAUGGUGGAAAAGAAUGGUGGCACGUGGUGGCGGUUGAGUCGCGGCCGCGGCCAUCCCCGAGGACCUCGGCGAGCCGUCAAUGAGCAAGUAGACGGCCGAUCUGAGGUGUGGUGGAACGCAUACUCAGCGGAUGGUUCGGUUGAAGGACGCAUUGUGUAUUGCAAUUUUGGGGCUCCAGAAGAUUUUAAGACUCUAGAAGAGAAUGAAAUAGAUGUUAAUGGUUCGAUUGUACUAAUGCGAUAUGGUGCACUGGUGAGAUCAGAAAAAGUCGCUGAAGCAGAAAAACGAGGAGCAAUUGGUGCAAUUUUGUUUAGUGAUCCAGCUUUUUAUAUACCGUCAAGCACUAACAAGUCUUUCCCAUAUUCAAUGUCGCUUCCUGGUUCAGCCGCUCAACGCGGCUCCAUCGGUCGAAUGCCAGGUGAUCCACUAACACCUCUGCUACCAUCACUUCCUUACGUAACUCGUACCGAAACCAUAGCAUCGCUGAGGAGAAAAAAACUACUGCCUAGCAUUCCGGUUACUCCAAUUAGUUACCACGACACUCAGAGAAUUAUGAGUUAUAUGGACGGACCACUUGUGACGCGAUCAGAUUGGACUGGUGGACUGCGUUCAUAUCGUUUAUACAGUAGUCGAAGGUUCCGACUGUCUGUGAGGUCAAGGUUUAUGAAGGGAACUAUUACAAACAUUAUCGCCACAUUCAGGGGAAGUGAAGAGCCGGAUCGUCUUCCUGAUUUGGGAAGGGGUACUACCAGACCAGUGGAACGUCACAUGGACAUUAGUGGUUGGAAUUUCGAGCGCAGUCAGCGGGGUGCCGUUGAUCCAAUUUCUGGAACUGCUGUGCAACUUGAGGUAGCCAGAGUAGUGGCAGAGGCGUUUCAUAAGAGGAUUGUGCGAGUUCUGAAUCGAAGUAAAUAUUCCAGCGCAGUUGCUUAUAUCAACGUUGACCACAUAUCAGGUGGGCGAUUGCUCGACAUUAAGGCUGUUCCCGUGCUUUACAGAGCAAUACUAGAAGCAGCAAAGAGGAUAUUCACUAACAGAUCCUCACUUAGAGCACGGUACGCGAAUGGCUCAUCGGCCGAAAGCUUUGUCGAUUCACGGAAACAUUUUCGGGGUGGUGGCCCUUCUACUCACAAUCGCGGUGUUCUCGAAAUUGGUCUUCCGAGUGGCGGAUCAGAUUAUCAGAGAUUUAUCACGUUUGCUGGCAUUCCAGCCGCUGAUCUAAAAUUGGAGCCAAGGCCUGGGCAGUCAUACGCGUUGUACCAUACGAUGUACGAGACUCCAUGGGCGGUUGAAAAUCUAAUUGAUCCAAGCUUUUCAUCGUUUACGUCGAUCGGGCAGUUGUGGAUAGAAAUUGUUCACCGAUUGGCUAAUAGUCUCGUCAUACCGUUUAAUGUACUGGAUUACGCACAAUCGUUAAUAUCUCUCUUUCGAAAAGCCGAAGUUCUCCUUUCGAAAAUGGAUCUAAGGAAAGCCGCUCCAUGGCUGCCACAUAAAUUAAAUAGUUUAAAAGUUGCCCUACGACGUUUUCAGAGCGCUUGUCGAAAAAUACAGCUGGAAGCUCAGGAUAUCACGAGUGGCCUAAUUGAUGUAUCUAUCCAACAUCUGGAUUCAAUCAAUACUCGCCUACAGUAUACCGAACGUUCGUUUCUGGAUUCGAUAGACGUCUCCACUCCGUACUAUCGUCACUUAGUUUUCUCACCGUCUAAACAUUCAUCACGUUUCACUUCAUUCUCCAGUAUUCUCGAUCCAGCCAUAGCUUAUCAACUAACAAGCAAUGAAACACACCUACAUCAACUUGAGCUGGCCAUAACAAAAGUGCAAUAUGCCAUAGAAAGUGCUAUCGACUCUCUUUAUUAG